AUGGCACGGUCAGUUUCUUCUUCGCGAUCAGCGGCCGAAAGCCACGUUCACGACGAUGCCGACGACGAGUCCUCAAGCCGCCGUCCUAUAACCUCCCCUCCGUCUCCCACGCCCCGUCUACGUCUCAACAACAUCCAGUUCACGGGUGUAGACCAUCACGGCCAGUCCUCGGGCCGAUUUCCCGAGAUGGGCGAGAGAGCAAGCCUCCUGGGCAAUGGCGCCCACCAGCGCGCCUACACAACCAUGCCGUCCUCCCCACGACCGGAUGCGUUUUUCAGGCAGUAUAGCACCGCUGGGAGCGUUCGGAUGUCCAAGAACCAUAGCCGUGCAAACUCCCAGGCCACCAAAUUUGGACCUCAAGGCACGGUUGAGUGGUCUGACAACCAGCUUCCUGCUACACCAGCGAGGUUCUCGGAUAACCGGGUCUGGUACGACCAGUUUACCUCCACGGAUUGGGUGCACGAUACCAUCGCUGAUGGAAUACGGCUCCGGGAACUGAGAAGCCGCAAGGAUAUUCGUGGCAGGUUUCUGGCCUGGGCGGAUGGCGCCCAGGGCUGGGUUCUCGUCGCCUUCAUAGGCCUUAUAACUGCCUGUUUUGCUUACUUUGUCGAUGUUACAGAGAGAGCCUUUUUUGAUCUAAAAGAGGGCUUUUGCACAGAUAAUUGGUUUUCUAGCAGACGCUAUUGCUGCCUAGAUAAGGAUGAAUGCACUGCUUGGAGGACUUGGUCCAGUAUCUUUGGGGUACCCAAGUCCGACUCGACCUGGGUUGACUUCAGUGCCUUUGUUGCCUGGGCCGUCAUCCUCGCAGCUGCAUCCUGUACUCUUACCUUAUUCACGAAAACCGUCGUGCCCUCUUCAAUCUCUCUCUCUACGUUAGAUGAGGAUCUGGCUGCCGGAGGGGAAUUUAUAUCAGACGACACACUUGGCCGUUCAGACCGCAAGGCCCCGUCCGAUACCAGUACAGCUGAUUUUUCAGAAGAUACUGCUCCACCAAUGGUUUACUACUCUGCAGCGGGCAGUGGAGUCGCUGAAGUGAAAGUCAUCCUAAGUGGCUUCGUCAUCCACGGUUACCUCGGAAUGAAGACCUUAGUCGUAAAGACUCUAGCGCUAGUCCUAAGCGUUGCUUCUGGCUUGAGUAUUGGAAAAGAGGGCCCGUAUGUCCAUAUUGCUACUGCCAUUGGUAACAUUUGCUGUCGAAUUUUUGAGAAGUAUCAGCAUAACGACGGCAAACGACGUGAGGUUUUGAGCGCAAGUGCUGCGAGCGGCGUCGGCGUCGCCUUUGGUGCUCCUAUUGGAGGUGUUUUAUUCAGUUUAGAGGAAGUCAGCUAUUACUUCCCACCUAAAACCCUAUUUCGUACAUUUUUCUGCUGUAUUGUUGCUGCCCUCUCUUUAAAAUUUCUAAACCCCUACGGUACUGGAAAAAUUGUAUUAUUCCAAGUUCACUAUGUGUCGGAUUGGGAGAUAUUUGAGCUCGCAUUAUUUAUGCUCCUUGGAACUCUUGGUGGUGCCGCGGGGGCUCUUUUCAUUAAAGCUUCAAAAAUUUGGGCUCAUUCGUUCAGAAAGAUUCCAGUAAUAAAGCGAUGGCCAAUGCUAGAGGUCGUUUUGGUUGCACUCCUAACGGGUAUCAUGAGCUGGUGGAAUCGUUACACGAAACUAGCGGUAUCAGAGCUUCUUCUUGAGCUUGCUAGUCCUUGCGAUUACGCCCAGGCUAGCAACACAGGGCUGUGCCCAGUAAAGGAAGAAAUCCCAGAAGUCAUUCGCUACCUUGUCAUUGCCUUUGUGAUUAAAGCGUUCCUGACAAUUAUCACAUUUGGCAUUAAGGUGCCUGCUGGAAUCUACGUGCCUUCGAUGGUUGUCGGCGGUUUAAUGGGUCGGGCGAUUGGCCACAUCGCCCAAUACUUUGUUGUUCAUUAUCCCAAUUCAUUUCUCUUUGGAAGUUGUCCAUCAACUCGAGGACCCUUAUCCUGCGUCAACCCCGGCGUCUACGCACUCAUUGCCGCCGGAUCCACCAUGUGCGGCGUUACCAGAUUAUCUCUAACUCUGGUUGUGAUUCUAUUCGAAUUGACUGGUAGCUUGGAUUACGUGCUCCCAUUCUCCCUCGCCAUUCUGUGUGCUAAGUGGACGGCAAAUGCGAUGGAGCCAUUGAGUAUAUACGAUCUCCUGACGGAUAUGAAUUCUUAUCCCUAUCUGGAUAACAAUAUGAACCCCGUCACAGACGCCGAGCUCGGUGAAAUCGUUCCUCCUGUUCGAAAAUCUCGCAUUAUUAACAUCACUGAAUCCCCAAUUGUUCCCGCAUCCGAGCUACGUACCAAACUCGAUGUUCUACUACGAGGCGGCGAAUUGGAUAGCGGUCUCCCCAUUCUACGCCGCAAUAUUCUUGUUGGCUUUAUUCCAGCUCCUGAACUCGAAUUCGCCCUGGAUAAGUUGGAAUCAGAAGAUGCAAUGUGCUUAAUGUCAACACACUCUGGUUGGAACAGCAUUGAAGACAAUUCUGAUACCGACAUUACAGACUUCACACCAUAUAUUGAUUCAUCGCCGGUGGCUCUCGAUGUGCAUUCGCCCAUCAACCUUGUAUAUCAAUGCUUUGCAAAAUUAGGCCUACGAUAUAUGUGUGUGCUUCGUGAUGGCCAAUAUGCUGGUCUAGUACAUAAAAAAUGGUUUGUGAAGUUCAUGAAAGAAUCGCACAAAUGCUAA